AUGUCUCCCCCACCCCAGAUAAAAGCCAUCACCGUCCUCGCGGGCGGCGGCGCCGCGCUCGCCACCGUCGCGCCGCCCUCCCCCCGCGACGGCUACAUGGUCGUGCGCACGACGGCCGUGGCCCUCAACCCGACGGACUGGAAGGCGGCCGAGGGCCGGUUCGGCGGCGCGAAGCCGACGGGCUGCCGGCUGGGGUGCGACUACGCCGGCGUCGUCGUCGUCGAGCCAGUCGGUGCGACCACCGAGAAGUCGUUCCGGACGGGGGACCGCGUCGCCGGGUUCGUGCACGGGGCCAACGCGGGGAGGGCCGAGGACGGCGCCUUUGCCGAGUACGUCGCCGUCAAGGCGGACCUGCAGAUCAAGAUCCCCGAUGACGUGUCGGAUGAGGAGGCCGCCACGCUGGGGGUUGGGAUCACCACGGUUGGCCAAGGCCUCUACCAAUCCCUCGGGCUCCCGCUCCCAACCGCCCCGGCCACGGAGCCCAUCCCGCUGCUCAUCUACGGCGGCAGCACGGCGACGGGCCUCCUGGGCAUCCAGUUCGCGCGCCUGUCGGGCUGCCGCGUGGUGACGACAUGCUCGCCGCGCAACUUCGAGUACGUCAAGUCGCUCGGCGCCGAGGAGGCCUUCGACCACGCCGACCCGGCCUGCGCGGACCGAAUCCGCGAGUUCACGGGGGGCCAGCUGCGCCACGCGUGGGACUGCAUCGCGUCCGCGGAGACGGCGCGCGUGUGCGCCGCGGCUAUGAGCGCCGAGGGCGGCGGCAAGUACAGGAGCUUGCUUUACGUGCCGGACGAGGUGGUCAAGGGCGUGAAUCCGGGGGCGAGCAGCGGGUUCACGUUUGCGUAUACCGUGUUCGGGGAGGCGUUUGAGAAGUUUAGGAGGUUCGAGGCGGUCGAGGAGGACUAUGAAUUUGGGAAGAUGUUCUGGGAGCUGAGCAGGGAGCUGCUGGCUGCGGGCAAGGUCAAGGCUGCGCGCCGGGAUGUGAAUCGGGGUGGAAAGGGGUUGGAGGGCGUCCUGGUGGGGCUGAAGGAGAUGAAGGAGAAUAAGGUCAGCGGCAUGAAGCUGGUUUACACUUUGUAG